AUGAAUAACAAUAAUCACACUCCUUCAUCGGAUUUUAAUUUUACGACAAUGAUGAUGUCGUCUAGAAAUGAUACUCCUUCAUCACCAACAAGUGAUUUUCUCCCUCAAGAUGAAACUCCAUCCACAACAUCCUCGUUUUUAAAUAAUCAUCAUCAACAACAUCAGAAUCAUCAACAACAGGAUGAUGAUCGAAGUGAACAGACCUUCCUUGAAGAUGACCACAACUCUCAUAUUCACUCUCAUCACCCUUCCAACGAAAAUUCUGAUGAUGAUGAGAGCAAUUUCUAUUUUGAUGAAGAAAUGAGCGAAGAAGCCAAAGCCAAAUUGAUACAAAAACACAAGGAAAUGAAAGUCAAGAGGGGCAGAAAGAUCAAGUAUGAAAACUCAAUUUGCUUGGAAUGUGAAGAGGACGGGCAUAAAUCGCAGGGAGGCAUUUGGUGUUAUGAGGUUGAUCAUCACAAAAACAACAAGAGAGCUCCAAAGUAUGUGAAUUGUGAUGAAUGUCACAAAUUAGUGUCAGGACCAAAGUAUACUCGCCAUCUCAAUAAGUGUGCUCCAUCAGGAGCAAGUACUGUCACUUCCAACACCAACCAAACAUCAUCCACCGCUCUUUCUUCACCAGGAGUUCGACAAGGAAUGAAUACUAAUGUUAUUCCUGUCUCAGGUGCUGUUGUCCGUUUGGCCUAUGAUGGUGGUACAAUUUCUUCCAAUUCCAAUCCUCAUGACAACAAUCAAAACAUUGAAAACCAAUCCAACUCCUCAUCUCUAACAAUGAGCAGUUUAAAUAAUCAGACAUCUCCCCGUGUCAUCAUUGGCAGUCAGCCAGUCAAUCAACUCCAUCAAAAUCAAAUGCCAAACAAUCAAAACAACAACACACAAGGAAUGAUGAAUACUUCCGCUCCAACGUUUGUCAUUAUGCCAAAUCCUGCUACUACGAACUCCAAUAACAACAAUGCCUUUAUUCAACAACUACAACAAGGAAAUAAUGCCAAUUUCAUGCUGAAUAACACCAACAUGAUGGCAAUGAUUAACGGAAUUGGUCUGCAACAACAGUCAUCACCUCAUUCACCUAAGAGUCCAGGAGGAUCAAGUACCUCCCUACCAACCAUCGUACUACCACAACAACAUAGUUCUGCUCUUCAACAGCAACAACUCAUCAAUGUGAUGAAUAGGUUGAGCCCACAAAACAAUUAUCCAACAUCACCGAAUCAACUUGUACAAAUAGCUCCAGGAACGUUUGGAAUGCAGUCAAUCAACACACCAAAUUAUAUCAUUAAUAACAAUGGUGCCAACCCUGUGCACUCUCCUCAACACAUCAUUAUCACAAGUCCAAACAACACUAGCUCAUCACCUGGAGGAAGACCGCUAGACAACAAUGCUGCCAACCAAACAAGGGCCAUGACAAGACUAUCUCCAUCACUUCUUGUUUCUGGUCCGGUAUCCCCAGGACAACAACAACAAUUCACAAAAAUUAUUAUUCCUAAUGCUCCUCCUACCUCUCCUCAUCAGCAACCACAACAAGGAAUGUUCCAACAAUUCUUACCAAUAGAUCAACACCAACAACAAAAUUUCUUGUCAACCUCUUCGUUUACUACAAACACUUCUCGUCUUUCUCCAUCCUAUCAACAAGCUCUUUCUCCAAAUCAAGCUUCAUGGUCUGGAUAUGACUCCUCACCUGGGCUUUCCCCUGGUAAUCAGUCUAAUAGCGCCGCACAGAAGAAACGAAAAAGAAACAGUUCGAAUGCAGGAUCUAGUCAACCAUCAGGUAGCUCUACUGUUCCUUCUGAAGGAGACUAUGUUGAAAUUAGAGAUGAUUUACUGAAAAAAAUUAACGAUGAGAAUGACGACAAUGUUUACUCUCUAAGACUUUAUAAUGAAACAACCAAGCAGUAUACUGUAUUGAUGUCGACUGUACAUAAACCAGUCAAACAACUUUGCUCUAGUAAGAAGAGAAAGAAGCUCAACCAAAUUUUAGCACCUGUUCUUGCCAAAUUCGGAGUAGAUGCUGAAACAUUGGUUCAAAUUAAGGAAGUAAGAUCGUUAAUUAAGAAUAACAAGAAGCCAUCCUCAUUCAACAACACGAAUGACAAUGAUUCUGAGGAUUCGGAUGAACAACGAACUCAAAAUGAUGUACCAAUUCAUCAUCAUCAACAACAACAACAAAUGCUUUCACAAAUUGUACAGCCCCAACAAACAAUGAUGGGAAUGUUGAACGAUCUAGGAGCAACGGAUAUACCUCAAUUACCUUCAGAAAAAGACUUUACUUAUGAAGUUCCAGAUUUUAACAUAACACAGCACAAUUUUCUGAACUCACUUUCUGAUCCCCAACAGCAACAACCCAACAAUGAAUAA